AUGAUCCAAGAACAGCCGGUUGUAUUCUCUCUCCGGCGUAACUCAUUCAGACGCAGAUCCUCAAAUGUGGACGACAGAGGCUGGACUCCGCUCCACAUCAAAGCCAGGAAAGGCGAUCUGAAAUCCGUCAAACAGCUUCUCGACCAAGGCUCUGACGUGAACGCUCUAGCAUGGGGACCCAAAUCAAAAGGAGUUAGCCCGCUUCACCUUGCGGCUGAGGGAGGUCACAUAGAGGUCAUGGACUUGCUCCUCGAGCGUGGGGCCAACAUCGAUGCCAGAACCUGGGGCUCCUGCGGGUGGACACCUCUCCAUGCUGCGGCCAAAGAGCGGAAGAGAGAAGCGGUGAAGUUUCUGGUGGAGAAUGGUGCGUUCUUGCCGGAUGAGAUUACUGAUACCAGGUUUAAUCCUCCGGUGCAUUACUGUCACGGACUGGAAUGGGCGUACGAGGAGUUGAAGAAGCUUAACAGCGAGUCUUCUUCAUCUGGUGGAGACACAUCUUGCAGUUCUGAGGACUGA